UAAUGGGCUCAUUAGCUAUUUUGGUUAUGCAUUCUGGAAAAUGGGACGAUACAAAUUGUUACGUUGAUUAUACUAUAGAGGGAGUAGUUUUUAAGGAACAGUCAACGUUUCUUGAUUUUUAUACUACUAUUGCAAAACAGAUUGGUGUUGAUAUGAAUAAUAAGACUUUGAAGAUUGAGUACAAGGUUGAAGAAAGCAAUAAACGAAUGGUUAUACACAAUGACAUGGGUGUCAGAGUGUACGUAAUGCUAAAAAAGGCCAACAUUGAUUUUAACAAAUUUCCUAUUUGUAUAACUAUUUUGGAUUCAUGUGAUAGACAGAUUUCUCAGUGUAAAGAGAUGGGGGUGUUGGCAACUGUUGCAGAAAAUGAUUGUCAUGAUAUGAUUGUUGUUGAACCGGAGGAUACAAAUGUUGCAUUUUUAUCGAUUGAUACAACUUGGGUGAUUUCAGACGAAUCUAAUAAGCAUGUUGAGGUUGAUCAAGUAUACAAGGACAAAUCAAUUUUGAAAGCAGUCAUGGAAAGAUAUGCGAUUAAAGAGAGAUUUCAGUAUAAAACUACUCGGUCAAAUUCAAUAAGUUACACUCUGGAAUGUUUUUCUAAAGGAUGUGAAUGGUUAAUGAAGGCCUCUAAUAUCAACAAAUCUGGAAUGUUCAGAAUUCGAGCAUUCAACCGAAAGCAUACAUGUCCUUUAAAAGAUAGAGUUUAUUCGCAAAGACAUGUAACUAGCAAUUUAAUAGGAGGGAUUGUGAAACCUAAAUUUGUAGAUCAUAAACGUAAAUAUACACCAGCUGAUAUAAGAAAGGAUGUUAAGAUUGAUCUAGGAGUUGAUGUUAACUAUAUGAAGGCUUGGAGGGCCAGGGAGAAAGCAUUGAAAGCUUUGAGGGGUACACCAGCUGCAUCAUAUGCAAAGUUACCUGCAUAUUUGUAUAUGAUGGAUAUCACUUACCCGGGGUCUCAUAUACGUAUGAAAAAGAGUACGAAUAAUGAGUUCUUGUAUCUAUUUGUUGCAUUGAAUACAUUUAUCCAAGGAUUCAAUCAUUGUAGACCAGUAGUCGUGGUGGAUGGUAGUCAUCUGAGAGGUCCAUAUAAUGGUACAUUUGUUGCAGCAAGCACGACAGAUGGCGCUGUGUCUGAUAGAAAUGAGAGCAUUAUAAAGGCUGUUACAAAUGUAUACAGUAAUGCCCCACACUAUGCUUGUAUGUGGCAUUUAUGGAAUAACGUUCAGAAAAAGUUUAGAAAAUCUCAUGAGAAGUUAUCUGGUGUAUUCUAUACAAUGGCAAAAGCUUGCACAAAGAAUGAAUUUGAUAUGUUAAUGGAUACUGUAGAAAAAGAAGAUAUAAGAGUGAAAGAGUAUUUGGAUUUAGCUGGAUAUGAAAAAUGGGCUCUUUGUUAUGCACAAGUACAUAGAGGAUGGCACAUGACAUCAAAUAUUGCUGAGAGUAUAAAUGCAGCACUUGUUUCAGCUAGAGAAUUGCCUAUUUUUGAAUUUCUCGAAGAGGUAAGGCUAUUAUUUGGAAGGUGGAAUCAUGACUACAAGAAGGAGGCAACCUGCACAUUCACAUCAUUGAUUGGAAAAUACCAUGACAUACUAACAGACAAUGAAGCAUUGAGCACAAGUAUGACGGUUGUACCGUCAACGGAAUAUGUGCACAAUGUUAAUGAUGAUGGGAGAUAUUUUGUAGUCUGUCUAAAAGAAAAAACUUGCAUCUGUGGAAGAUUUCAGUACGAGGAAAUACCUUGUGAACAUGCUUGGGCGGUAUUGAAAUGGAAGAGUCUACCACCAGAUGAAUAUUGCUCGGAUUUAUACAAACCAAAGACAAUGUUGAAGACAUAUAAUAUGCCUAUACAUCCUUUACCGGAUGUAAAGGCAUGGUUGAUUCCGAAUAGCGUUAUUGCUGAUGACGUAUUACCUCCAAAAUUUAAAAGACCUCCUGGCAGGCCAAAGGGUAAGCCUCGGAAAAAAACAGCAAGAGAGUUAUCGAGGAUUAAGGGGAAAAAUACAUGUAGCACAUGUGGAAUGGCAGGUCACAAUAGGCGUUCAUGUAGAAAUAAGCCAAAAGAUAUUUAA